AUGGAGGGACAGAUGGAGAAAUUGUUGGACCUAGCUCCCCGGGACCCCACCGCCGCUCAUUGUCAAGGCCAGCCCUUGACAAUGUCAGUCAGGGUUGCAGGAGGGCGAGCAGGAGCAACACCUGCUCUUGAUGGCUUGAGAGACAACAAUGUCCAGUGGGCAGCCUCUCCUUGCAGCAUAAGUAGUGAUGAUCUUUUGAGCAGAGUACAAAAGCGAGUAGAACAGUUCUUAAAUGAGAAAAAGAAGCAGGCCCCUGCAGAAAGCAACGUUGCCACAUGUGCAGUUACACUCCAGGCCUCUUGUUGGGCAGACUCUGCUGCUGAACUGAAGUGCGCAGAAGCCAUCUUGGACAUCUCCAAGACCAUCCUGGCACCUCCUGUAGGAAGCGACAGCCGAUCCUUCACGACAGACCCUGCCUUUUAUUCCCACAAUACAUUAGCUUCUCAACAUGAGAGUGACAGUAGUAAUGUGGACAGUGAUGACAGCAUUGAAAAGGAGAUAAGAGCUUUUUUGGCUGUCAAAGCACAGACAGAACACUUGAUAACCAAAUCCAAAGUGGCCUUGCACUCUGUCCAAAUUCCUCCCUCCUCAGGGCAACCAGCUGAGCAGAUCCAGAGCCUCAAGAUACAUCCAUCCCCUAAACCAUUAAAACACUCACUAAGUCAUAAAAGGAAAUUUAAGGGUGGGGGAGUGCCCACAAAAUACUCUAGCCACUCCCAGUUUUGUGGAUUUUGCAAACCCUCCACCACAAGGGCUUCUUGGUUUUGGGAAAAAUACAACACAGAGGCCACAAAAAGUGGGGUAGAUGACAAGAGCAGUUCUUUGGAUAGUGAUGAGGAUCUGGAUACAGCUGUCAAAGAGCUUUUGAGGUCUAAGCGGAAGCUAAAGAAAAAAUCCAAAGACCGAAGGGAGGUUUUUGAAGAUCUGUGCCGUUGCACUGUGGUGAACUCACAGGAAAACCAAGGCCUUGUGCUGUCUGAGCGUCCUGGUUUACCUCUAAAAAGAACUGCAGAAGAAAGAAAGGUUAUAUUUGAUGGUAAGCUGAACCAAAGAAACCUACCACCUGAGAAGGACAAAGCCAGGAACCUUAAAGUGCCAAAUUGCUUGUUGCCUUUGUCUCUGUUCAAACACAAAAACUCAUAUGAAUUCAACAUCUCCAGCAAUUUUAGAGCAGGUCUAAAAAGUACUCGGAACAAGAAGAAGCCUGUGCUUUUGGGGGAAAGACAGAGCACAGAAGUAUUUUUGUUCAAAAGGCAGGAGGGCCUUUCAGUGCCAAAUUUUCCUGGUGAGCGGCAUGAAAUGACUGAAAAGAGGAGCCCUAGGUUCCAAGAGUGAGACAGAAAUGAGAGAGGCAGAUUUACCUACAAGGGACACUGCAAAACGGUUGCAUCCGUGCAUAUCAGAAAGCAAUGGGGAAACGCAGGUUGCCACAUCCCUUGAUAAUGUAGCAAAAGUUAGUUUUAGGAGACCAAAAAGCCUGCUACAGCUUGGUUGCCAACCAAGGGUCUCAUUUGCAGGUGCCCAGUAGGCAAAAUACAAGACUAGGGGUCAAUGUUAGUGUAGGACUAUUGCAUGUUGAGAUCCCCAGCAGGAAAGGGGAGGACCACAACACUAGUCAUGAAGAAGAGAACAUCACCAGCAGCACUUAUAACUUGCCACCAAGAGAGAAGUUGAUAAAACAAGAUUGGGCAUCUGAAGAACAAACCCCAAGGGUUUUAGAGGGAGUUUCUGCAGAGGUUACAGACAGUGUACACAUGUCGGGUAGAAAGCGAUGCCUCCAGUUUGUAAGUACUUCUGAAACACCUUUGUUUUACAGCAUCGCUAUUUGCUGCAUCAUAAGUUAACCCUCCUGGCAUUGUAAUGAAUCUCCAUGUCGGAAGAAGUAAGGGUUUCUUUAGGGGAUAGAGGUGGUUUGGACAGCAUAUGAAAAUAGGUGCAAACAUGAUUUUUCUGAUGCCAUCCUUGUGUCCAAGGAUAGAGCAAUUUGUCCUCACAGCAGUUUUCAGUCAUUCACCCAUGGGACAAAGUUUGUGCUUAUAAAAGGCAGGUGCUUUCGUCUGUCAUGGAGAUGAAUCUCUGUGCCAGGGAAAAAAUGAUGCUUAUAAAGAGACCCAGUGUCUCCAGAGCACUUGAAACAGAAAGGGAACUGUGGAAUAUACCCAUGUGAAGAAAUGUGUCUCCAGUUACAGUAUAUGUUAUGGGUUUUUUUGCAUUGAUGGGGAGGGAAGUUCUUUUUUUGGCAAGAUUUCCCCCCCCCCCAUUGUUUAAAAAGUGCUUUAGGGAUUUCUUUUUUUAAUAACAGUUUAUAGCCAUGCCUAACUGCAGAGUUUUGUAGCUGUUGUGUUUAUUGUACGAGACGAUUAACAUAACCGUGGUCUGUUCUGAUUGAAACGAUGACGCACCUAGACAUAAAACAUUAACGCAGCUCCCACAAAACCAGUCAGUCACAAAGAGAGUCUUGCAAAAAAGGUGGAAGUGAUUUAAAUGAGUAAAUUACAGGAGUGCACUCUUUGGCAUAUCAUAAAACAGAAGCCGAUGUGAAGCCUCUUCUACUCCAUCUUCUUCUUUUUUGUCCUAUCUCCAUUGCUAUUUAUUUAUGGCAGGGAUGGGCAGGUUCUAGGAGCCAACUGGACUACACCUGCCCUAAACUUACAAGGAACAAAUAAAUAUUGAAAAUGACCAGAUAUCUGUGGUUGGGGAGGAGAGGAGUUAUUGCAAAAUUGCCACUCCUGGAAAUUUCUGGGAGCAAACAUGGACUUUGGGGACAAUAAAUAAAUAAAUGGCAGCUGGAGCUGUGCCUUUGGGGUGACCUUCAAAAGGCCCCUGCUGCAAAAGACCACAUAUAUGAUAUACCACUGGUUUAUGGCAUAGGCCAUAGUUAAUGCAGCUCAUUCCAGAGAGAUGAGUGCACACACUCCUGAGCACAUGCACAGCCUUCAAAACCUGCACUGCCCAGUUAUUACAGUAGUCUCACACACAGCAAUGGCCCAUGGGGAGGUUGCCAUCAUUUUAAGUUGGAGAGUUGGGCCUUGCAAGGCUCUGCAUAGAUCUUGAAACUUCUCCUUUUGGAACAAUUGGGAGUUGAGUCAUUAUUACCAUCUCUCUUCCUUCAUUUGCCAUUUGAAGCUUUUGAGCGUUUCCUCUGGAUUCAAAUGCACAGAAGCAUUGCAGUUUGCAGUGCGGGGUGAAUAAAUUGAGACAGGGAGCAUUUCAGAAAUGCUCUUAGAAGCAUGACUUGGAAGCACAUCCUUUUUCCAGAGAAAGUGAUCUGAGGGUGUAUCCACACUGCACAACUGAGGCAGUUUGACACCUCUUUAACUGACAUGACUAGCCCGCAGACUCCCGGGAUUUGUAGUUUGGUGAGGUAUUCAGCCUGGUCUGUCAAAGAGCUGUACAGAUCCCAGGAGUCAUGGCGGUUGAAGUGAUGUCAAACUGAUUUAAUUCUGGAAGAUGCACCCUGACAUUAUUUCUAGAAGGGCAAUGUCCUAUCAAAAGAGCAGCCUUGGUUCAGAAUUGAGGCUCAGCUUGUUUUGUUUCAAGUAGCAUUUUCUUUAUCUAAAUUCUGCCUUUGCAAGAUUAAAAUAUCCCACGAAUAUCCUAUUAGUCUGUCCCUUCUCUGUAUAGCCUUGGUCAGACAUUCCUUUGAUUUAAAUCCUCUCAUUAAAAGAACCUGAAUGUUUAAGGACUACAGGGAAGGCCCUCAUCCGACGGAGGGAGGGCUGGCUGUACAUUGAACCCCUUUGAAAUAAUUCAUUUUCUGUUGAGUUACAGUAAUCACAAAAAUAACUUGUGACAUUCAAAAUGCUGUCUGAUUGAAGAAGCACUUUUUCAAUUAAAGUUUGGUGUUAGGGUUUUGUUUUAUGUUUUUUGUACAUAAGAAAUAGUGUACAUUCAUACACUUAUAAGAUUUAAUAAACCGGGUUCAGAUUAUUUAAACAUUAAAAAAAGUCUAGGACGCCAAGAGUCCAGGGACAAGAUCCAGAGAAGCCAGCAGCGUUCACUAAUGUUCACUAACAAUCACUGACAAACACUCAGCGUGUGCCAGGUGACUUAUAUCGCCCGCCCUUGACCCAGGUGCUGCUUGACUAAUGAAUGCUUCUCUGCAGCCUCUUGGAACAACAGAGGCAUGCCCUUUCUGCUCUUCUUUGCUGGCUAAAGGGAGGAAUCUCCAGUCUCUCAAGUCUGGCCUUUCCAAUGGAGCCAGGCUGGGCUGCGAAGGACGGAGGAGGCCCCAAGCCUUCCCAGAAGCCCCAGCACUCAUGACGGGGUCCCUCCAGUAGGAGGCCAACUCCAGGGUUUUGGGAUCGUUUGGGAGAGGUCCACCUCAGACAAGUGGGUUCUGGACACGGUUCGCCAAGGCUACCAAAUAGAGUUCCGUCGUAUGCCAUGCGACAUGUUCAUGCCGUCUCCCAAGUCCAACGAUCCUGAAAAACACCCCCUCCUGCUGGAAGCCAUCGAACGACUGCUCUCCAUUCAAGCCAUCAAACCAGUUACCAAAAGACCAGAGGGGAAAAGGAUGCUUGGGAACGUUCUUCCUAGUUCCCAAGUAAAACGGAUCCUGGAGAGCCAUCUUAAACUUAAGAGGGGUCAACAGGUACAUCCGAAAAAAGGAAUUCCGAAUGGAGACGCUGCAGACCAUCUUGGCCAGCCUUCAGCCCAGGGACUUUCUUUCUUCUUUGGACCUUCAAGAUGCUUAUUUGCAGGGGCGGUGGAGCCUAACAGAGUGGUCCCAUGUCAUCAACUGGCUAGAACUCCGAACGAUUCGUCUGGCCCUGCUGUCAUUCAGACAGCUUAUUAACCGCAGGACUGUUAUGAUAAGGAUGGACAACAUUACGGCCAAGGCCCACGUCAAAUGUCGGGGGGGGGGGGGGGGGGACAAGAUUUCGAUCCCUGAUGGACGAGGCCAAGACUCUUCUGUCUUGAGCAGAAAUCAACUUGCUAUCCCUGGAGGCCAAACAUUUCCAGGGCCAACUAAACUCCAAGGCAGAUUGACCAAGCCGAACUGACUUAGAUCACGACAAGUGGAGCCUACACCCAGAGAUGUUCCAGACCAUCGUGGCGAUACUCUGCCGUCCGAUCAUAGAUCUGUUCGCCUCCCCAUCCAAUGCCAAGACCGAAGGAUCAGAAGAUCUCGACAGCCUCAAUUGUCAUUGGCCAACAGGUCUCCUGUACAUCUUCCCGCCAGUUCAGUUGCUGUCAAAACCUGUGUCACGAAUCCAGAGGUCCAGAUCACAAGUCAUCCUAAUGGCGCCAGCAUAGCCCAGACAACCCUGGUUCUCAGAGAUUCUUGACCUGGCAACCCAGAGUCUACCUCUCCCGACCAGACCAGACUUACUGUAACAGGGCCAAGUUCACCUUCCAGAUCCAGCAUGGCUACAGCUUCAUGCCUGGAGAUUGAACGGAUAAUGCUGACUGGUUAUGGCUACUCCCCGGAAGUGAUUGAGUCCAUCCUGGCGUCCAGGCGGCCUUCUACAAUAAAGAUCUACAAAUAUACAUUCAAGGCCUUCAAGAGAUGGUAUAAGCGAAAGAAGAAAGACUUUCUCUGAGUCACUGUCUCCACACUUCUCCAGUUUCUCCAAGAUGGAAUUGACCAGGGACUUGGCCCUAACACAGUCAAGAGACGGGUGGUGGCUAUUACCUCUAUCCUUCCUCACCAUGAGACUGUUCAGGUAUCCGCUCACCCUCAUAUUUCCAGGCUACUCAAGGGAGUUUCCAAAAGAGCACCUCCAACAAGACAUCAAUUCCCGUCCUGGAACCUCCACAAGGUUCUACAAACUCUAACCAUAUGAUCAUUUGAGCCUCUGAGGGAGGCGUCUCUCAAGUUCCUCACCUGGAAGAUGCUGAUCCUCAUGGCCGUGACAACUGCCCGCUGCGUUUUGGAGAUUGGCGUCCUAUCGGUGAGAAAAGAGCUGUGCAUCAUCAGACCAGACUCGGUUCUACUUCACCCUGAUCCAACAUUCACCCCCAAGAUGAAUUCGGUUUUUCACACGUCUCAAGACAUUGUCUUGCCUUCCUUCUGUCCUUGGCUUCUAAAGAGUUGGAAAAGAUCUGGCACACCCUGGACAUGCACAGAGCCAUCAAAAUCUAUCUUAAGAGGACAGCUGUCUUCAGAAAGUCCAAAGCCCUCUUUGUCUCUUUCCAGCCGAGGUCCAAGGGCAAGAAAGUUUUGGUGUCUAGACCUAGCCCCUCCUGAUCAGGGAGCCCCUACAGGGCUUUAGACCUAACCCCUCCUGGCUGCAAACACUUGCGCCCUGCUUUUCACGGGUCCCAGAGUCCCUCAACUUAUCCAUGGGUCAUUUCAAAAACCCUGAUUUUGGGCCCCAAAACCUGCCCUCGACUUAUACAUCAGUAUAUUAGGGUAUGUAAAGCGAUUUGCAAUUUUUACAGUGCUCUAUAUUCAUGAUAAUAAAUAAAUAAUGUGGCACAAUGGACAAUCCAAAUUCAAAUAAGAUAUCGACACCAAAUUGGCACAGAACUGAUAGGAAAUGCGUAAUAAAACUUGGAAGUAACAUUGCAAAAUGCAAAGUUUGUAAAUCGACACUGUAAAAUUUGAAAACCGUCUUGGGAAGAAAGUAUCCAUGUCUUAUUAUUCUUUUCUAUCUUUGGCAGGGGAGACUGCCACGUCAGCCUGCCGCCUGCUGGGCCAACCAGGACGCUCGGCAGGGGAACCGAGGACAAGCAGCAGGGAUAGCCAUGGCCCAGGGGGCAUGGAUGCAGAUUCCAGCUCCUGAGCAAGCCCCUGAUCGCCCCAAGAGUACUCCUGCUCAGACCUUCCAGAUUACUUUUCCUCAGCCAGCAAGACCCCAUAGUGCGCCAGCACGAAUGGAGAUGACUGCACCCAGAGAACGAUUUGAAAUGAGCAAGAGAGGGAAGGCCACUACAACAGAACAACAGGAAAGCAUGCUCUUAAGACGAAGCCCCCGGAUCGCGGCCAGGGAUGCCAAGAUGCCCAAAGGCUUUUAGGACUUCUUAGAAGAUCUAUAGACAAUAGACUUAGACUGUUAGGAUUUUUCCCCCAUUUGUUUAUUUCUUCUCCGGAGACCCAGAGACCUGGACAGCGUGCAAAGUUCAACCCCAGCAACUUUCCAUGCCCCCUACCCUUGCUCCUUACCUCCUAGUUUUCCUCCCACAGACACACGCACGCCCCCCCCCCUUAGCUUUGCCCUGGAAGCGAAUAGGGGUCGUUCCCCCAGUCCUUGGGCUCCAAGAUGGGGUCUAGUGGCUGCCAGGGCCUGGAACUGGGUCCCUGUCAGGAGGACGCCAUGACA